AAAACGAAGAAGAAGAAAUUGUCAUCUUCUUCUCUCCGGUAGGUGUUGCAGUGAUUUUGGAGCGUUUUGAGUCUCGGAGAAUCGGGCCGGGUUUUCGAAAGCGGUUGCGGUUCGGUUUGAGAAUCAAGAAAUGCUGCAAGCUGGUUCUAUGAGGUUGUUGUAUGAAUGGAGAGGUCCUAGUGUUCAUGGAUGCCAUAAUAAUCCACAUGCUGGUGUUGUUGGAAAGGGUCGAGUACAUAUGGUUAGCAUCAAUCUUCCGUCGCAUGGCUUGGGUGCCUGCAGUCUCCAUCUUCUAAGCCGUGUUCGUGGCCCAAUAGGUCCAGUAUCUUCCAGAUGUAAUGUUUUCUUGUGUAGAUCUGUUUUUAUACCAAGUGGAGGAACUGGGGCUCCCGCUCUGAAAUCUGCUGCUAUAGUUUUAACAAGGUCUUAUAAUGCUUUACGUGGAAGCACUGUCAUGCUUAAAUUGAUUCAGGCAGUUGCUAUCAUUGCUUUUGCUGUUUGGGGUCUUGGACCGCUGAUGCGCACGGGGAGGAUUAUAUUUUUUCAACGAACUGAUAGUAGUUGGAAGAAAAGUAGGUCACACUAUGCUAUGACCUCUUACAUUCGGCCUUUAAUGCUUUGGGGCGGAGCAAUGCUUGUAUGCAGAGCAUUGGAUCCUUUAGUCCUACCAUCAGAAGCUAGCCAGGCUGUCAAGCAAAGACUUGUACAUUUUUUACAAUCAAUAUCAACAGUGCUGGCAUUUGCCUACUGUUUGUCGAGCUUGAACCAACAAGCACAGAAAUUCUUUGCGGAGACAAAUGACCCAAGUGAUACCAGAAAUAUGGGCUUUAGUUUUGCUGGCAAAGCUGUUUAUUCGGCAGUUUGGGUUGCUGCAGUGUCAUUGUUUAUGGAGUUGCUGGGAUUCUCAACCCAGAGAUGGCUAACAGCUGGGGGUCUGGGUACAGUAUUGCUCACGCUUGCUGGUCGUGAGAUAUUCACAAACUUCCUUUCCAGUGUAAUGAUCCAUGCCACACGGCCAUUUGUUGUCAGUGAAUGGAUUCAGACUAAGAUUGAAGGCUAUGAAGUUUCUGGUACUGUCGAGCAUGUGGGGUGGUGGUCACCAACAAUAAUUAGAGGCGACGAUCGGGAAGCAGUUCACAUUCCAAAUCACAAGUUCACUGUGAAUGUUGUGAGGAAUCUUAGCCAGAAGACUCAUUGGCGUAUCAAGAACUACAUAGCCAUUAGUCAUUUGGAUGUCAAUAAAAUUAAUAUUAUUGUAGCUGACAUGCGCAAGGUUUUAGCCAAAAAUCCUCAAAUAGAGCAGCAAAGGUUGCAUAGAAGAGUGUUUCUGGAUAAUAUCAAUCCAGAGAAUCAGGCUCUUAUGAUUUUGGUAUCUUGCUUUGUGAAAACAUCUCACAUUGAGGAGUAUCUCUGCGUGAAGGAGGCAAUACUCUUGGAUCUUCUCAGAGUUGUCAGCCAUCAUCGUGCUCGCCUUGCCACACCUCUCCGCACAGUUCAGAAAGUAUACGGGGAUGCUGACUUGGAAAAUGUGCCAUUUGCUGACACCAUUUUUGGUAAUUCUACAGCGCGUACUAAUCGACCAUAUCUCCUGAUCGAGCCAUCAUACAGAAUUAGCAGUGAUGAUAAAAGUAAGGCUUCUAAUCGCUCAGCACGCACAAAUGGAGACAAGGAAGAAGCUAAACCUGGGCCAAUACCAACUCCUACACAAACUGAAGAUAAGGCAAGUUUUACUUCCAACUCAAGCACUAGUCCCAAGACUUCGGAAAUGCCAUCUGAACCCCAGACACAGAAUGAGAAAACAGAAUAUGCAGGGAAGGAGAAGAAAGUUGAUUCCAAAUAUGUAUCUCCAGAAAAGGUGACAUCUAAGAAUUCUCCUGUUACUUCAAGUGAGAUGGAUGGUGGAAAGGCAGAUAUUCCUCUGACCACUGUACAUGCAAAGCAAGAUGGAGAGAAACCUGUUACAUCUCCGUCUACAGCCCGCCCUCCCUUAGAAGAGAAUAUCAUUCUCGGUGUUGCCUUAGAGGGAUCUAAGCGAACACUUCCAAUUGAGGAAGAUAUGGCUCCAUCUCCUAUAGAAUCAAAAGAAUUUACUGCGAGCCGUAAUGGCAGUGGCGGGUCUCCUCUUGGCACAGAUUUGAAAGAUUGAUGACUGCAUUCUAGAGCCUGGCCAAGUUAAUAGCAGGACAAAGAAGGCUUCCGAUGGCAUAACGGUAGUCUUGUAAGUGAAAGUGUAAAAAUGGAUGCCGCUGCAUUUUUGAAGCUGGCAUCGCAAUGUAUCCCAUGAUUGUUUGAUAGUUUGAAAUGGAAUUAUGUGGGUCAAUUUGAAACUGUUAGUUUCUCCCAUCUUCAAAAUACAAACGGUUCAAUAAUUUU